CGUAAAGAAUGCCUUUCUGGAGGUGGCGAAUAGCCAAUAUUUUAAGGAAGCAGAAAACAGUAUGUAUAAGAAUGAAUCAAAUGAUAGUUUGGAUAUUUGUUCCGAGUGUUUUGGUAUUACGGGUGAGAAUCUCAAUACUGAGAUCAAUGAAGUGUAUACUGUAUGCUCUUUUUGUAUUGACGAUCCCAUUGGGGAAUGUACUUUUGCUAAUCCUAAUUCAGUUUCAGUGCUCUGCAUCAAAUGUGGUAAGAGAGAUGAUAAUAAUUGUUGUGAUUUUUGUUUAGAGCAUAGGUCUGAUCGAACAAACAGGGAUGGUUCAAAAAAGGAGAAGUAUCCAGCAAAGAGGUCUCCUUAUUUUAAAGAGAAAAGGGUAGAAAAGAGUCCUUACACACUGGAUCAGUUGGAGAAAAUAAAGAAAAUGACACCAGCUGAAAAGCGCGAUGCAAGUUGCAGAAAAUGUGGUUUGAUGUUCCACAAGUCAAACACAUGUGUGAACACAGAGAGAUUCUGCUUUUAUUGCCAUAAGAAGGGACACGAAAAGAAGGACUGUAGGAAACUGAAAGAUCAAAAAUCUAAAAAUUAAGAAGAAAGAUCUCCCUGCUCUUUGUAUCGGAUGGCGUUUAUCGAAUCUCAGCAAGAGUCAAUCCUGGUGAUACAAGUAGUAUCAACAAAAUUAAUGUAAAUAAAGUAGAGAGUAUAAAUAAACAGUUAAGUUCGAAAGAUAAUUCUAGUUUUAAAAUGAAACUCUCAGUUAUCAAACCCAAUAGGAAAGUCAAUAAUAGUAGAAGGGAAACACGAAAAUUACGUAAAAGAUUUACUCGUAAUCAGUUAAAAAUGUUGGCUCAGGAAGGUAGUAUGUGGCAUCGUAGAAUGGGUCAUAUAUCAUCUUCUUACUUAGGAAAAUUACCUAAUGU